AUGAAUAAGGGUAGGACAAAAUCGCAGGGCAAGAUGCCCCCACCCCCACCCCCAGGUAAUGCGAAGAAAGAAGAAGCUGAGACAGACUCAUGGCUUCCUGGACUGGUGUUGUUAGCCGCACUGGCUAUGUUUAGCAGUAACCAGGAAAACGCUACCCUAAGCACGUGGCAGGAGGUGUAUACGGAGAUGCUCGCGAAAGGAGAG